UUGUGACCUUUGACUCGGAGACACGACAUGCGAUCUGGCGUUAUUGCGCGUGCGAGGCGUGGCGCUGUCUACAGACCCGUCACUUCGAACGGCACCGAACUCCUAAUGGCUGUGUGAAAUAUCCAAUUGUGUAAGAGAUCAUACAAAAGCGAGGAUGGCAAAGCUGGAGAAGUUUUCCGAGCCAACGAAAGAGUCUCAGAUCGUUGAUUCGGAGUCAGAUUCGGAGCAGGAUGACGGUUUGACUCACGCGCAAUCUGCCGGUCCCGGCACCAGCUCGGAGGCGGCGCGGCGCGCGCAGGUGAUCCACAGCGGACACUUCAUGGUUUCAUCCCCGCACAGUGAUCCCGUACCGCGCAGCAGGAGAAGUUAUUACGACUUCGAUACGGUGAACAAACCGCGCUGCCAGACCUACAGCUUCGGACCGUUCAGCUCCGGCAGACUGAGCAUCGACCCGACACUCACGCGCCUGUUCGAGUGCAUGACACUGGCCUAUAGUGGAAAGAUCGUGUCUCCUAAGUGGAAAUCCUUCAAAGGCCUGAAGCUACUGUGGAGGGAUAAAAUCCGAUUGAAUAAUGGCAUCUGGAGAGCUUGGUUCAUUCAAUAUGUGGAAAAAAGGAAAAAUCCAGUGUGCGGGUUUGUCACUCCGUUGGAGGGCUCUGAAGCAGACGCCCAUCGAAAACCUGAGGCAAUUGUACUGGAGGGCAGCUACUGGAAGAGACGGAUAGAAGUGGUGAUAAAAGAGUAUCAUAAAUGGAGGAUUUACUACAAGAAGAGGAAACACAAAGAUCAUGUCCCUGUUCUGCAGACGACGCCCAUCUGCAGGUCUGGCCUGGAGAAAUGGUCCAAUCAGAUGUACCCCGAACCAGAAGCCUCUCAGGAAGAGGUGCAUAUGUUUGACUUGGACUGCUUUCUGUCAGAUAUCUCAGAUACUCUGUUCACCAUGACCCAGAAGCCAAGCCCUUGGAGUGAGAAAUACCAAAACACCUACACCAGCAACGCUGAUAUGAUCCAGCCUGGUUUGACUCCACUUCAGCCCAGCUUGGAUGAUCUCAUGGACAUUCCUGACAUCUUUGCAAGUUACCGUGUACAUCCUCCGGUACAGAGUGGUUAUGCUGACUCUGCAUUAUUCGAGAGUUCCUCCGGCUCACUAUUUCCCUCAGCCCACACGUCCGCUGUGAUUAAUACACCUCUGAUACAUACAGGAUCCCAAAUUACACAGCCCAAUAUGACAGUUGAGAGCUUGCCUCAGUCCUCCUCAGCAGAAGGCUUAUCCUGCCAUGGCUAUCCACACCACCCAUUGACCCCUGAGAUGCCCUUUGAUACUAGCAGAAUGACCUCCAACCCCAAGUUCAAGAGCCAUUUACAGUACAGCGAGUACCAUCACUCUCCAGCAAGCCUCCAGAACAUGGGCUCAUACGGACAGUCCUACAGUGUCCCUGGCAUUGUCUCUGGACCUUCAAAUAUGUCCUCUGCCUCUAUGUCUCAGGAGAACCCUUACAUCUACUCAAACACCUGCCUAAAAUACAGACAUGCUUCAGGAAACCAAUCAGGGAGUAGCGUCGUAACCUCCCCCACCGUCAUCACGCAUACGGGAUCCAUGAAUGUCGUAGCACAUGAUCCCCAAGAGGGACAAAGCUACAGUAUGUUAGACAUGCUGGACUACCAGCAGGCAUCUGUGGCUCCACCUUUGCCUAGCCAGGCACACUGUUUCUCUGUGCCACAGCAGGUGACUGUGGGCUCGGGAACAGGGAAGCACAAGCAAAAAAUGGGAGGAGGCCGAAGGUUUCCAGCGGCGACGGCUGCAGAUGUUUCUGUGGCUCCACCCACACAGACUAGCUGCCUGGCCAAGCUCUUGUCCUCCAGCUCUCAAGAAAGGAAACCGACAGUGGGUUUCGAUCCUCCAUUUGUUGGGCUGAAAUGCCAUAGACCAGCUUCUCCCAUCUUAGCACAGUCUACCAGCAGUAUGCCAGUGGGCCAAAGAGGUUCACAGGUAUCCCAGCAUCCUCCUUGGUCCCCUGCUGAAGUGCCACUGCAGUGCCAGUUGCCCAUGAUGGUACAUUCCAACGUCUCUCACGGCUCCUGCAUCUCAUCACUUCUCGUCCCCAAAACUGAGAAACUUUCUCCUGUCCAAAUCCAGCCACCAGAGAGGACAAGUUUAACAGUAAGUUUUUCAGGAGGCUUCGGUCCUACAUCUCCAACGAUGCUGCCAGAGAAAACGUCCGAGUCAUCACACACCUUAUCCGGAAUAACCAAGACAGAGCCCAAUAGGACAGACACAAGGCGAAUCACACACAUAUCUGCUGAGCAAAAGAGAAGGUUUAACAUCAAAUUGGGCUUUGACACUUUACACAGUCUGGUGACAACACUUAGCUCUCAGCCAAGCAUUAAGAUUAGUAAGGCCACUACGCUACAGAAGACAGCUGAGUACAUCAGUAAGAUGCAGCAGGAGAGAGCGCAGCUCCAUGAAGAAGCCCAAAGACUCCGGGAUGAAAUUCUAGCACUCAACUCUGCCAUCAAUGUGUGUCAGCAGCAGCUCCCUGCCACCGGCGUCCCCAUCACUCGCCAACGCUUUGAUCACAUGAGGGAGAGGUUUAGAGAAUACGUCCGGUCCCAGACUCUCCAGAAUUGGAAAUUUUGGAUUUUCAGUGUGAUUAUGGAGCCUCUGUUUGAGUCCUAUAACGUCAUGGUGUCCACAGCCAGUGUGGAGGAGAUGUGUCGCACCACGCUCACCUGGCUGGACCAACACUGCUCCCUACCUGCCCUCAGACCAACUGUUUUGAGUUCACUCCGCUUGCUCAGCACCACCACGUCCAUCUUGACAGACCCGAGUCUGGUUCCUGAGCAGGCAACUCAGGCAGUCACUCAGAGACACCUGUGCCACAACUUCAGCCAAUGACAGUGUUUUCCUUUCUCUCUCUCUCUCUCUCUCUCUCUCUCUCUCUCUCUCUCUCUCUCUCUCUUUUCUCAUUUUCCUGUUUCAGUUUUCAUAUGCUUUAUUGACAUGACAAAUAAUUGUACGUUUGUCUUGCCAAACCGAAUGUUGGUGCAAAAACAGGAAAAAUACAUAAAUUAAGGACAAUAUAAAGGCACUAUAUACAGAAUAAUAUCUCUCUAGACUGAAGCCAAUCAUGUUCCCUGACAUAUUGAUAGCUACAGUAUACCAAUGAUAGCAUCAACCAACGGCUAUGCUCAAUGUUUAUUAGAGAUUGGUAUUAGGCAGACACACAAACAACAGAUAUAAUGCCUCCAGCAUGCACAUGCAACCUCUAUAUACAUUUACACUCACUAGUCACUUUAUUAGGAACAAGUGUCCAGCUAAACAAUGUGACAGUGGAGCAAAGAAUAAAAUAAUGCCAAUACAGGUCAAGAAUUUCAUUACACCAGAUCGGGGAAAAAGUGAUCUGAGUUUCAAUUGCAUAGUUGUUGAUGCCAAACUGUGUAUUACAUUUUUUUGCUUAAUGAGUGAGGUCAAAGGAAAAUGACCAGGCUAUUUCAAGCUGACACAAAGACUACAGUAAUUCAAAUAACCAAUAAUCUUUACAACUGUAGUGAACAGAAAAGCAUGUCAGAAUGCACAAAAGCUCAAAUCCAACAUGAUGCUUUUCUAAUAUUUGCCUUCCUAGAGGUAUGUUUUUUUACAGUCAGAAAUGGGCACGUAUUUGUAUUUAUCAUGUACAGUAAUUAAUAUAUCAUUCGAUACUAUUCAGAUAAAAAUCAAAACAUGCCACUUGCAGUUUGUGGGUUUAUCCUCUACAGUUUGCCUUUUGUUAUGAGAAAUCAAACACAGAACAUAGUUUAUUAAAGUCACCAUCAGGUUCAUUUGAGAAUGGAUUGGGGAUUUUCCCAAAUAAUAUUUGCCUUCGUUUAGGGAGAGUAUUAAAUAUACACAAAUUCUUACAGACAAAAAUAUCAUCUGUCAGUCAUGACUGAUGUUCACCGAUUAUCAUAUUUUUUUAGGAUGCAUGGUAAAAUAAUCUCAUCUAUAGCAAAAUGUUCCUAAACAGUGGCUUUAUGAACACAGAAGAAUCCGUCUUAAAUAUAAACGAUUUCCGUUCCGUGAAAUUGUAUGCGUAUAAUUUGUAAGGCAUUUGUACGUUUAAUAUGUAUUGACUUGACAUGUUGGCUACAAUUUGAUAGAAUUUGUGUAAAUUCUAUUUCUUUCUCAACUAUUCCUUUAAAAAAAAAGUCAAAAGUGUACUUGCUUUCAGUAAACUUAAAAGCGAAGUCUUACUAAGAUACACUGCCAUCAGUGACAAAGGUUUUUAGCUGGUUCUUGAUUACUGAUUAUUGAAACAGGAACUUCUUAUAGGUUUAUAUAUUUCUUUGUUAGACUGCAAACUGUUAAUCUGCAAUUGAUUUCCUGUGUAUUCAGUGCAGGUUUUCCUAUCGAUCAUUUGGGAUGAGAAAGAGGAUUUGUAUUCAUGUUUAGUCUAUUAAGAGGGACUAAAGUUUUGUGCCUUGUUAUGUUUGUUACAGUUGUAUUUAACCAAGCUUUUAUGCUCUCAGGUUAUUAAUGUGGUGCAAAUGUAUGACAUAAUGUUGCUCUUUAAAAUAAAGCACCGUUUGCCUUUG